GGUGCCUGCUCGGCUGCGCGCGCGCUGAGGAGCGAUUCGGCGUCCGCGGAGCCGGGCUUGGGCUGCGGGCGGGACGCUGGCUGGUCGGCUAGUGGAUGAUAAUUACCCACCUCGCGCGAGCAAGAAGCUACUCUGCUAAAAGCUAGAAUGAAACAGUUAUCUGCAGCAACAGUUCGCCUCCUUUCAAGUUCCCAGACAAUCACUUCAGUGGUCAGUGUUGUAAAAGAGCUCAUUGAAAAUUCCUUGGACGCAGGAGCCACAAGCAUAGAUGUUAAACUGGAGAAUUAUGGAUUUGAUAAAAUUGAAGUGCGAGACAAUGGUGAAGGUAUCAAGGCCACUGAUGCACCUGUAAUGGCAGUGAAGUACUAUACCUCAAAAAUAAGUAGUCAUGAAGAUCUUGAAAAUUUGACAACUUACGGUUUUCGUGGUGAAGCCUUGGGAUCAAUAUGUUGUGUAGCUGAGGUUUUAAUUACAACGAGGACAGCUGCUGAUAAUUUUAGCACCCAGUAUGUUUUAGAUGGCAGUGGCCAAAUAAUUUCUCAAAAACCUUCACAUCUUGGUCAAGGUACAACUGUAACUGCUUUAAAAUUGUUUAAGAAUCUACCUGUUAGAAAGCAAUUUUACGCAACUGCUAAAAAAUGUAAAGAUGAAAUAAAAAAGGUCCUGGAUCUCCUCAUAAGCUAUGGAAUACUUAAACCUGACUUAAGGAUUCUCUUUAUUCAUAACAAGGCAGUUAUUUGGCAGAAAACUAGAGUAUCAGAUCAUAAGAUGGCUCUCAUGUCUGUUCUGGGGACUGCUGUUAUGGGCAACAUGGACUCCUUUCAGUACCACUCUGAAGAAUCUCAGAUUCACCUAAGUGGAUUUCUUCCAAAGUGUGAUGCAGACCACUCUCUCACAAGUCUUUCAACCCCAGAAAGGAGUUUUAUUUUUAUAAACAAUCGACCAGUACACCAAAAAGACAUAUUAAAGUUAAUUCGACAUUAUUACAAUCUGAAGUGCCUGAAGGAAUCUACUCGCUUGUAUCCCAUUUUUGUUCUGAAAAUUGAUGUUCCUACAGCUAAUGUGGAUGUCAAUUUAACACCGGAUAAAAGUCAAGUAUUGUUACAGAAUAAGGAAUCUGUUUUAAUUGCUCUUGAAAAUCUGAUGACGACUUGUUACGGAUCACUACCUAGUACAAAUUCUUAUGAAAAUAAGAAAACAGAUGUUUCCUCAGCUGACAUGGUUGUUAGUAACACAGCAGAAACAGAUGUGAUUUUUAAUAAGGUGGAAUCAUCUGGUAGUAAUUAUUCAGAUGUUGAUACAUCAAGCAUUUCUUUCCAAAAUGAUAUGCAUAAUGAUGAAUCUAUAGAAAACACUAAUUGUUUAAAUCAUGAUGUAUACAUUGGUGACCAUUGUGAUGAUCAUUUUAUUAGUGGAAAUUCUAACAUUGAUAAGAAUACUAAAAAUACAUCUCAGGAGAUCGCAAUGAAUAAUUUAUUAUGUGAUGACAACCAGAAGAAAUACAGUGAAACUUGUUUUGUACCUUCUGUUAAACAUGCCCAAUCAGAAAUUGGCAAUAACGGCCAUAUAAAUGAGAGUGGGAAAAAUGAGGAAGAACCAGUUCCUGCAAAGUCUUUGGAAAUUUCUGCAGAUGACUGGAGCAAGGGAAAUGCAAUAAAAAAUUCAAUGGGAGAGAACAUUGAACCUGUGAAAUUUUUAGUGCCUCAAGAAAACUCAGCAUGUAAAGAAAGUAAUAAUAAUAAUCCAAGCCCUAAACAAAAGAAUCUCAGUGAAGUUUCCUAUAACAAAAAAUCAAAUGUGGUAGAUGACAAAUCUGGACAGCUUACAGCUUACGAUUUAAUUAGCAGUCAUGUAAUCAAGAAACCCAUGUCAGCAAGUGCCCUUUUUGUUCAAGAUCAUCGUGUUCAGUUUCUCAAAGAAAAUUCUAAGACCAGUUUGGAGGAUGCAACACGACAAAUUGAAGAACUGUGGAAGACAUUGAGUGAAGAGGAAAAACUGAAAUAUGAAGAGAGGGCUGCUAAAGACUUAGAACGAUACAAUAGGCAAAUCAAGAGAGCCGCUGAACAGGAGUCACAAAUACCAUUACAAGAUAGCAGGAAAAAGCUAAAACCCUCCAGCUCAUGGAAUUUGGCACAGAAACACAAGUUGAAACCGUCGUUAUCUAAUCAGCCAAAACUUGAUGAGCUUUUUCAGUCCCAAAUUGAAAAAAAAAAGAACCAAAACAUUAAAAUAGUUCAAAUUCCCUUUUCUAUGGAAAACUUUAAAAAAAAUUUUGAGAAACACAAGAACUUUGAAUUAGAAGAAAAUGACGAACUUUGCUUGAUCCACCAUCUCAAGUUUCCUGAUGCAUGGCUAGUUACAUCCAAAACAGAGGUAAUGUUAUUAAAUCCAUAUAGAGUGGAAGAAGCCCUGCUAUUUAAAAGACUUCUUGAGAAUCAUAAACUUCCUGCAGAACCACUGGAAAAACCAAUUAUAUUAACAGAGAGUCUUUUUAGUGGAUCUCAUUAUUUAGAGAUUUUAUAUAAAAUGACAGCAGAUGACCAAAGAUCCAGUGGAUCAACUUACCUGUCUGAUCCUCGUCUUACAGCAAAUGGUUUCAAGAUAAAAUUAAUACCAGGAGUUUCCAUUGCUGAAAAUUACUUGGAAAUAGAAGGGAUGGCUAAUUGUCUUCCAUUCUAUGGAGUGAUGGAUUUAAAAGAAAUUCUUAAUUCUAUAUUCAACAAAAAUGCAAAAGAAGUUUUUGAAUGUAGACCUCGCAAAGUGAUAAGUUAUUUAGAGGGAGAAGCAGUCCGCCUAUCUAGACAGUUACCCAUGUACUUAUCAAAGGAGGACGUCCAAGACAUCGUCUGCAGAAUGAAGCACCAAUUUCAAAAUGAAAUUAAAGGUUCUGGAUUCUGCCAAAUCAAGUUAGUAGUAAUGACAGCAGGUAUUUACCAUCUAUUUGCUGGUUACACUGCACUUGUAUGAUCUCAUUUGAUCUUCACAACAGGAUUAUAGGUACUAUUGAGAGAUCCCAGAACUCACGUUCUUGACCUUUAUGCUGACUGCAGUGAAGUAUAGGCCCUGAGGAGCCUUUAGGGACAAUGUAAGUAUUUGGGGGGAAAUAUGAAAAGUAUAAAACAUUCCCUGACGCCAUUCAGGAAUGCUUGAUCAACUUUAGGCUGCUGGGGGGUUUUUUUCCUAUCAGGAGUCGGGGGUAGCCGAGAUGGGUGUGCUCAGGACCAGUUCUUCCGGGUUCCCACUGGGGUGAAGGCCGAAGCCCCGCCCCUGUGAGCCUCCCCAUCUCCCACAAGCCCUUGCGGUAUCCCCUGCACUAUGGGACCAGAUGAGUGAGCGGUAGUGAAGGCGAAAGCCUGCGGCACAGGAUGGAGGUAAUGGCCGCUGUAGGUUGGAGGAAUGGCUCUGGGUCGUAAAGGUGACGCAGGAAUAUAUGGAGGAGAAAGGCGGCCUCACAACAACUGCCAAUUUUCCUCAUUAGGUGGGGGCUUCGCUGGGGAGAGGGAAGACUUAAGGUGUGAAUACACCAAAGUGCUCUUAAGACCCAAGGGCUUUGCUUGGGAUUUUAGCCCAGGCUGUAGGACAGGGUUGGCACCGAACCGUGUGGAGGUGAGACCGCCCCUUUUGCCUGGGCCUUUUGCAUUGAGAGUAUCUGUAUAUGGUCCAGCGAUGCCUAUGGUGUUUUAGAUAUUUCACACACUGAAAAAUGUUAGAUCCACAUUCAGAUGGACAGGUUUUUGUGAUUUUUAUUGGCUAUUUGAGUCUCUGCGAUCUUAUCCAAGUUUUGUGACUGAAAUAGCAGGAAUUGUAAUCUGCCCCACCACAGUCUACAUUUCUUACAUAAAAAUAUGAGUAUGACCUAUUGGGCACCCAAAGUUGCUAAGCAAAUUAAAAUUCCAUUAAUUAUAUUAAAGUAUUUAAGUGAACUAGACUUGUUCUUUGGAUUGGCACAUUCUAGAUUGAGUCAGACAAACUCGUGUUCAUGGAUUCAUCGUUGCUAAAGAGAAUGUGAGGUGACCUAAUCCAACCAUUUUACAGACAAGAAAGGAGAACCCAGAAUUAUUCAAUGAUUUGCCCACAGCUGAUUCCCCACAGCUGGUUGGUACUCUACUAGUUCCACUUUAAAUUGUGAUAUUACCAUAAACUAAAAGGAAGGUAAGUACUGAAAGAAAAAUGUGUCUGUAAAGACAAAUUUUAAAAUGUUGAGAUUGUGAACUGCUUCCCUUUAUAAGCAUCAGUAAUCAUUUGGUUACCUUUUUCUAGAUCUUUGGGUUGAUCUAACCUAAACUUUAAAUUUUUCAUCUUCAAAACCAUUGUUUGAAGCAACACACAGUUGGCCUCUCACCACUGCUACCUUGACAUUUCUCUGCUUGCCUAUUUUUAUCACUUUUUAUUCCUCCUCAAACCACUACAAAUUAAUGUAAAGAUCCCUUUAGUUUUUUAAGUCCUGUCCCAGUGGUUAUAAAAUUUGAGGCAUACUUAGAGAACCAUUGUCAUAUUGUAUGUCAGAGUUUCCCUGACAAUCUCAAGUCCAAUUCUUUUAGCCCAUAUUUUUUUAUUACUAAAAUCUGUUAUCUCAGUAAACAACAACAAAAAAACUAAAACUUAGAAGCCCUCACCCUGAUUGUGCUUCUAGACAUUUAUUUCUUCAUCUCUGAAAUAAAGAUGUUGAAUUUGACCCCCAGGUAUACAAUCAUUUCUCAGGUGCUGUAAUUUUGUUUUUUCCUAUUCUCUCUUGAAUAUUUUUUAGCAGGAAUGAAAUUACCUCUUUUCAUUAAUGACCCACUACAUUACUAUUGACCAUAUUUAAAUGCCUCUGACUAGCUCACUUUUUCCGUAAAAUCUUUUAAACAAAUUGAGGAAAAGGUCAAUUUCUUCUACCCUACUCAAAUUGAACUUGAAAUCACUAUAAAAAAUUCCAUCUCCAGUUUAGUUGUACAAGUAUAUUUAUUCCUUUGUUUAUUCAAUGACAUUUAUUGAAUGUUAUACUUAGUGCUGAACACAAUAUAGAGAGAAGACAUCCCUUGCCCUCUAGAGGACAGAAACUUGCAGGGUAUUAUGUAGGUAGCAUGUACCACCACAUAUCUUUGUGGAAACAGAGGGGUACCCACUCCCACUUUAGAGAAACCUAGGGAAGAAACUAGAACAAAGAAAGGGAGGGUCUUACAGGUAGAGAGGACAGCAUGUGGCAGUGCAUUGGUAAGUGCAAGGAAUUCUAUCAAUAUACCAAUAGAUUUUGAGUAAAUGAAGAUUGGAUUAGAAUGAUAGGCAGUAUCUUGAUCAUAAAGGUUCUCAGUAGCCUCUAAGGAUUUGGGAAAUAUUCUCCUAAGGAACAUAGAAACCAUUAAAAUUUUUAAGCAGGAAAGGACACAAUAAGACACACUUAGCCAAGUGAGUAGUCUACUUGAGAAUUCAAACAUGAGUGAUCCGAACAGAGAGAAAGACUCUGUGGUAACAAAGUCUGCCUGACAUUGAGGUCCUCAUAACCUUGCAUAAGUUUUCACUUUAAAGUCUCUGGGAUGACACCAAAAUAGAAGUAAAGUGGAAAUAAUAUGUCUCCCCAUUUUGCUAAUUCAUGGUAGUAAUAGAUUACUGGGAGAAUGGAGGGUCAUUUGCCUUUCCUUUGAUUUUAGCCAGCCCUGAGUUCCUUACAGACUAGAAAAAUCAGUAUCUUUUCAAAAGUUGAUUAAAUCUGGUGUUUAAAUUUUAACCUAGACUUGUAUCUGGGGCCAUUUGGAAACCAACCUACAGUUUCUAGUUGUUCCUUAAAUGAAAUACAGGGUCCAACAGAAAAAAGGGCUGUGUGAGUGUGGUUGGUAGGGUAAUAUGGGUGU